GUCUGCGCAGUGCGCCCCAAACUGAGAGAGCGAGAGACGGGGCUCGAGCCUUCGCAGCGUCCAGCAGCCACCAGGAAGAAAACCGGAAUAAAACACCAACAAUCUGCAGGAUCCACCCCCCGAAAAGCCAGCGAGCCCUGCCGGACAUUCCCCGGGAUAUCAGCGGGAGAGAGUGUGGGAGGAGAGUGUAGGCAGGCCGGGGUCGGUAGACCUGGAGCCUGCCUGUCUGUCCGCCUGCAGACGGUAAGACAAAGCGGAGUGAAGCGGCUGCCAGCGCCGCGUUCAGACGGCGUUUAAACACUGAGUCAUGGUCCUGGAUUCACUGCUGUGGCUUAAAAUGAGCAUUCGAUAAACGGAUUUCUGAAUGCAGAGCGUGUUUUAACGAACGGUGGGGUUUCAGGACUGAAGACAUGACGGUGUGAGGGUCCAGAUGUUGGCCUGGUGAUGAUGCUCCAUGUUCCAACACACAGCACCGUCCUGAUGUCCUCACACGUUAUGUCCCGCACCUGACAGUCUGAACCCAGGGUUUGACUGGCUGCAAAGACGACAGGAAACACAUGCUGAGACAUAAAGAGGAUCUGAGGAGGACAUACAGAGACAUAAACAAAACCUCUGGAGGACAUAAAGAAGAUCCGAGGAGGACAUUCAGAGAUGUAAAUAAAACCUCUGGAGGACAUAAAGAAGACAUUCAGUGAGAAAACAGAACAUUUUGAGGGGGCAGACAUCAAGAAGUUGCUUUUGGAGGACAUUAAGACAUGCUUUCACGGACAUGUACUGACUUAAGAAAUAAAAGUAUGAAGAGAAGACACUGACAUAUUGGAGAAAUAUUGGGGACAAAGACAUUAAGACAUUUUUAUGACAUAAAACAUCGGGGGGCGUACAGAGACAUAAAGAAGACAUACGGGGACAAAAAAAAGGAGGUUAUAAGUUUGGAUGUAAAGAGGGCUGAGAGGACGACAUGACUUCUCCGAGGUUGACCCCUCUCCCUAUCUCGCUGGUCCUGGUCCUGGUCCUAGUUUUGCUCCAGGUCCUGGUCCAGACAGGCUCUGUGUCGGCGGCUCGCUCGGACAGGAGCAUGGUGUCAGAGGAGUAUGUGGGUGCCACAGUGAACGCUACAGUGCUGGAUGGACGAGGAAACACAGUUCACAUGAUGAGCAGCGACGACGGGACAUAUGGACAGAACUCUCCAAAAGUGGACACCAGGGGCAUUGUCAUAACACCUGCACCGUAUCAUGGAGUUGUGGACCGACAGGGCUGCGACCCCAACACUCGUUUCCUGGUUCCUCCUCGGAGUGUCCACUGGGUGGCGCUGUUGCAGAGAGGAAACUGCACCUUUAAAGAGAAGAUCCUGAAGGCGGCUGCCUACAACGCCACGGCCGUCCUUAUCUACAACAACUCCACCGACAAGACGGUCAAGAUGGGACACGAAGGUACUGGUGAAACAGUGGCAGUUAUGAUCACAGAGGUGUAUGGUAAAGAGAUCCUGGCUCACCUGGAGAGGAACCUGACGGUCCUGGUCUCAGUGGUGGUGGGUCAACGUGGUCCCACCAAGAACAUCAACCGAGGUUCGCUGGUCUUCGUCUCCAUCUCCUUCAUUGUCCUCAUGAUCAUCUCUUCAGCCUGGCUCAUCUUCUACUUCAUCCAGAAGAUCCGCUACACCAGUGCCAGGGACCGCAGCCAGCGUCGUCUUGGUGAUGCAGCGAAGAAAGCCAUCGGGAAGUUGACGACGAGGACAGUGAAGAAAGGAGACAAGGAAACUGAUCCAGACUUUAACCACUGUGCGGUGUGUAUUGAGGCGUACCAGCUGAACGAUGUGGUUCGAAUUCUGCCCUGCAAACAUGUCUUCCAUAAAGUGUGUGUGGACCCGUGGCUGAACGAACACUGCACCUGUCCAAUGUGUAAACUCAACAUACUCAAAGCUCUCGGCAUCAUGACCAGUCUUCCCUGUGUGGACAGCGUGGUGUUGGAUGUGGAGCGUCUCGGUGUCAGUCAGGCAUCUGGCAGCCAGAGAGCACCGCUGGGCGACAGCAACCAGCCGUCCAUCAGCCUGGAGCCGCUCACUCCCCUCCACCCUGAGACCACGCCAAGAACACCUGCUGACAUCACCAUCGCUGUAACCAGUGGCGGUCACUUCUUCAACAGGAACUCAAUGUCUCCUCGCACUGUUGUCUGUGAGAUGGAGCUGCCGGAUAUCCAGGCCUCGCUGGACCUCUAUGACGACAACAAGUCCUGAGGCCUGUCGUCAUGGUUACAACCCCCCACCACCACUACCACUCUCCACCAGCUGAGGGGAAGGAGGGAGGAAGUGUUUCCUUUUGGGAUGAGUCUGAUAUCGACAACCUCGAUGGACUUUUGAGCAUUUAUUCCAUCAGACUUUCUUCAGACCAAACAUGGACUCUGAAGUCUGGAUCCUGGUCUGGAUCCUGGUCUCAGUUUAGACACGUUAGCUUGACACUCAUGUUUUUAUUUUCCCCAGAAGAAGUAAAACUGGAUGAACCGGAGCUGGUAAUCAGGACAAUUCGUUAAAAAGAUGUUUUCAAAAAUCACCCAGAGAAGGUUCCACUGGUAGAACUGGAGGUGUUGUUGUUGAGUUCCUAAAAAAGUUCCUGGGUUCCUGGAAAAGUUGUGUAGUCCCUUAAAAGCGCUCUCAUGUUCCUGGAAAAGGGUCCCUGGUGUUCUGGAUUCCUGAGUUCCUGAAAGGUUUUCUCAAAAGGUUCCUAAGCAUCUAAAGAAGUACUUGGGUCCUUGGAAAACUUCCUGUAUUUCUUAAAUGGUUCUUGAAAAGGUCUUGGUUUCUCAAAAAGGUUCCUGAGUCACUGGAAAAGUUCUUGGGCUUCUUACGUCUCCUGGAAUAGUUCCUGAGUUCUGAACAAGGUCCCUGUCUUCCGUUAAAAUGGUUCUUGGGUUACUAAAAGGUCCCUCCAAAAUUUCCUGGAUUCUUGAAGAGGUUCCUGGGAGCUUCAAGGAACUAUAUAAGUUCCUUAAAGAUCCUGGAAAAUUUCCAAAACUUUCUUUGGUUCCUGAUUAAGUGUGUGAGUUCCUCAAUACCUUUCUGAUUUCCCAGAUGCUAUCCUGGAAGAGUUCCCAAGCUCCUAAAAAGGUCCUCUGAAACGUUAAUUGGAUCCUAAAAGGGCUCAGGGUUCUUGGAAAACUUUCUGAGUGGCUAAUAUGUUCCUGGAAACGUUCUUCAGAUCCUGAAAAGUUCCUUGAAAUGUUUCUGAGUGCCUAAGAGGGUUCUUGGGUUCUGGAAAAAAGUUCCUGAUUCCCUAAAAUGCUCCCUGGAAAAGUUUCUUAGCCCUUGAAAAUGUUCUUGCGAUUGUGGAAAGUAUUUGUAGAGUUUCCUGAAAAGGUUCUUGAAUUCCUUAGAAGGGGUUUGGGUUUGUGGAAAUUUUCCCAAGUGCCCAAAAAGAUUCUGGAAACGUUUAUGAGGUAUUUAAAGAGGAUUUUGAGAUCUUGAAAAAAUUCCAAGUUCCUAAAAACUUUCUUAUAAAAGUUCCUGAGUGCCUACAAAAGGUUAAUUGAAAGGUUCUUGAAGUCUUAAAAGGGUUCUGUUGCUCAUGAAAAAGGCUCCUAAAAAAAAAAAAGGUUUUCUGAGCUCCUAAAAGGUUCUGGGAACAUUUUUUGAGGUCUUUAAGAGGUUCUUGCAUUUUCAAAAAACUUUUUAAAUCUUAUACAGGUUGCUGAGACGGUUCCUGAUGUUUUGAAAGCGUUCUUGCGUUCCUCGAAAAUGGGUCCAAAGAUCUAUACCUGAGUCUGCCUCACAUAAACCUAAACAGACCUGACAGUAGCUGGGCCAGAACCAAAACAGACCCAAAGAACCUGAAUCCAGAAAAAGUUCCAUUCAGUGUUCCCUGUUCUGCUUUCAGUCAGUCAAAACUGUGGACCUCCUGAUUGGCUGACUGAUUAUUACAUCACUAACUGAAACUUGUGGACAGUCAGAAUCUGGAGUCUAUCUGAAGACCCGGACCUGGAUCAGAACUCCUGUAAAUACUGACCGAUCAGACUGGAACCGGACCCAUAAGAGGACCUGGACCUGGACCCUGAUCCUGAUCUUCUGGAGGAAACAAUCAUGUGAACUUUAACAGUGUUAACUCCCCUGUAGCAAAAAAAACAUGUUUCUCUGUAGAACAAAGAGACAUUAGAUUUAAAGGAACAGUCCAACAUUUCAGUAAACCUCCUGUUCUCUGUUCAGUGACAUGGAGUUCCUCUGGGAACUGUCCUGGAUAAUUUGACCCUUAUUAAAUUUACAAAUUUAAAGGAACAGUAAACAUUUAUUGAACCCUCUUGUUUCCUUCUCCAGAUUCAGAUGAAAUGAUGAAUUUUGGCUACAUCAGAGACAGUUACAAGAUGUGGUUAGCCUAGCUUAGCACAAAGACUGGAAGCAGGGGGGAAACUGUUAGCAUAGCUCUAUCAAAAGAACAACUUCAACUUCAAGUCUGUCUCAUUUUUAUCUUGUUAUGUAACCAGCUAGUGAGCGGUGUUAAGUCGACAGUUGAGUCAACACAUCUGCAGACGUCACAUCUGGGGCCCACAGGUCUGACAGCCAAUGAGAAAAGAGCUGAGUCACUUAAAAAUAAAAAGUCAUUUUGUUUUAACUCCUUGUAGCCCAGUGUAAGAUGCUUGGUAGUCCAGUUUCCAUUCACAUUUAACACAAGUUUUAACAGUAAAUGCUCCGAAGUAAAACAUGAUGUGAAGUCUUGUCUUCCUCCACCGCUGCUGUGUGAAUAUGAGCUGAUCAACAGCUGGUUGAGCUGAUUCUCCAGUUGCUGCCAUUAAACCCUCACAGAAGAAGAGGACACAGCGAGAUGAGGUCAUUAAAAGAGCUCCAGUCUGUUACAGUUUUCUGAAUCUCAAUGACGUCUUCAGAUGUGUUUUGUCCAAGACCCAAAGAUCUUCAGUUGCUGAAACAGAAAACAGAGGAAAACUGAAAAUCUGACACUGGAGAAACUGACAACAUUAAAUAUCUGACAUUUUGGCUUCAAAAUGUACUUCACUGAUUAAUCAGCUAUCAAAAUAGUUGAAAAUUAAUUUUCUGUCAAUUAAUCAACUAAUCUCUUUCAGUGGGUUCAGGUUGUGGACAACAAACUUCACAUUUUUCUCUGGGCUCAAAUUAGGACCAAAAAGAUUCUGAGAUUUUAAAGUGAUGGUCACAAAUAAUUCCAAAGUUUGUAGCUAUAAAUCAACGUCUUUAAACCUGUAAAAUUAAUCUGCAUCUGCAAGAUGCUGUGAAAAAAGAAGUGCUUUUGUGAACAUCUGUGUACAGAUACAAAUCAGAAAACUGUGGAAAACCUAAAACACUCAAAGUUCCCACAAUGUGUGUGAAGAAUUUGGCCCUGUCUUUACACCUGACUCUGACUGGCCAAUGACAAUCCAAUCACAAGCAGAGUCCAAUCAGAGGACAGGUGGUUCCAUUGCCUUGAUCUCCGCCACAGGUGGUGAAAGAUGUAGUAAAUUUUCACGAUGGAUGACGGCGCAGGCUCUUGGGUGACCCAGGUGUGUUUGCAUACAUACACAGCACAUUAAAUGUUUACCAUUAUUUUCUAACGCAUCAGUAAACCCACCUGGGUCGCAGUUUUGUGCUUUGUAUCUGUACACAGAUGUUCACAAAAGUACUUUUUUUUACUGUGUCUUUGUGUAACCUCACCACUGAUAUCAUUUGUUCAUAGAUCCUAUUGUCUUUUUUUUUAAGAAAUACAAAUAUUUUCUACACAUGUAUAAACUUGAAUUUCUCAAGCAGAUUUAUUUUACAGGUUUACAAAUAUUGAUUUUCAACUACAACCUUUGGAAUUAUUAUUUGAACAUCACUUUAUAAGUCAAAAAUCUUUUUGACCCUAAUUUGAGCCCAUAGUUUUCUCUCUUCAGCAGGUUAAACAGCUGCUGAGGCAGUAUGUGAAGUGUUAUUAUAACAUCUUAAACCAGGAAAUAUAAUGUACAUAGUAUUUAGUUUACCAUUAAUUCAAUUUUGUCAAUCAUAACAAUAAACAUCAGUAAAAUCAAGUCAUCUCCGAAGUAAAUCUAAUAUUAUAUCAGCUGCUCCAGCCCAAUAACAUCACUGAGGUCAGCACAAUAACACAGACCAUUAUGUAUGUAGAUGUUAGGAUUUACCCUUGGCUGUCACCAGACCAACAUUGUGCCAACAUGUCUUAAAAACUCUGGCAGGUUGACCAACUGUGAGUCCAAGCCUUCACUUUUUGGUCAAGAAACAGCUACUGACAUGUCUCCUCUUCUUUAUGUUUGUGUUUGUCCAGCAGAAGGUUUCCUGAAGUGACGGACUGCUCCUUUUAAGUGUAUUAAACAGCUUCUGAAUUACUCAGCGUGUAAUAAUCAGAUAUAAACAGCAUUAUACAAUCUAUAACCUGACUGAUCGAUCAAUAUUAUCUCUGAAGUGACCUGAACAUGUCCUGAUGGUGUCUGAUAGUCCUUCAGGACGCUCAGCUUCUGUUUCUGUCUCUUUCCUGUGUGUCACAUGGUACCGAUGAUGAUGAUGAUGAUGAUAAAGAUGAAGAUUGAUUUGUGUGAUGCUUUCAGUUCAGUGUCUUUACUGCCUCAGCUUUAAAUGUCAAAGCAUCAUUAAAUGUCAUUAAAUGUCAUUAAAAUGUCACAAAAUGUCCUUAAAAUGUCAUAAAAGUGCAUUAAAUUUCAUUAAA